GGCAGUUGGUCAACAUGAAGACUAAGUAAAAAUCUUCACCAUCCAGUUUGCUCCUUAAUUGGCAUUCCUUCUAUGAUAUUUCCUUCGUGAUCUCAAAUAAUUCUGGAACUAGAAGGCAAAAUCCACACACAGAAACCAUCCGUCUCCAAAACAAGGCUAGCUGAUGAAAGGGUUUCUGUUGUUUCUGGUUUGCUUUUCGUGUUUUCGACAUGGAUUCAGCAGCACAGACCCAAGAGAUGUUUCUGCUCUCAACUCUGUGUCUAGCCAAUGGAAGAAUACACCUCCAAGCUGGAAGAAUUCGGAUCCCUGCAAUCAAUGGGAAGGAGUCAACUGCAGUAAUUCGAGGGUGAUAGGACUGAAAGUAUGCAACAUGGAUAUUAAGGGUAGUUUGAGCAGUGACAUAGGAAACCUUAGUGAAUUGGAAGAAUUGGAUCUUUCCUUCAACCCUAAUCUUGAAGGUCCACUUCCAACAAGCAUUGGGAACUUGAAAAACCUUAAAGUUUUGAGAUUGAUUGGCUGUAAGUUCAGUGGUCUUAUUCCUGAUGAAGUGGGUACUCUACCUAAUCUCGAAGUCUUAUCUCUGAAUACAAACCAGUUUGUCGGCCCGAUACCGCCAAGUCUUGGCUGGCUCUCUAAUCUCACAUGGCUGGACUUGGCAGAGAACAAAUUGAAUGGAAGUAUUCCUACUUCAGCAAAUGAAGCUUCAGGACUAGACCAGCUUGUCAAAACUAAACAUUUCCAUUUGAACAAGAAUGAGUUAUCAGGCAACAUUCCAAGUGGUUUUUUCAGCUCCAACUUAGUGGCUAUACAUAUACUCCUUGACCACAACAAUCUUACUGGGGAAAUUCCAGAGUCGAUAGGCCUUGUCAAGACACUUGAAGUCCUACGUCUAGACAACAAUUCGCUGAACGGAAAUGUUCCUACCAAUAUAAACAACCUCACAUCCCUCAAUGUCCUAAACUUAGCCAACAACAAACUACAGCGGAUGUCCAAUCUAACUGGAAUGCAACAGCUCAACUAUUUGGAUUUAAGCAACAACUCGUUCGAAUCAUCCGAAGCUCCGGCAUGGUUUUCAGAUUUACAAAAUCUCACAACUUUAAUUAUCGAGUCCGGGAAUCUUCAUGGUGAAAUACCUGAAACACUCUUCGCAUAUCCGAACCUACAAGAACUGAGGCUCAACAACAACCAUUUCAAUGGCACUCUCAACAUGGGAAGCAACAUUGGUCAGAAUUUGUCGAUGGUGAAUUUUCAGAACAAUAAUUUUACAUCAGUGACACUCUCUUCCAGCUACGAUGAAACGUUAAUACUCAAGGGAAAUCCGGUUUGCAGUAAUGCUCAUCUGUAUACCACAGUGUAUUGUAAUCAGCAACAAGAUGGAAAUCGACCAGCUGACUCCUCCAAUGGAAGAUGCUCACGCCCAUACGAAGGAAUGGUUCUGUGCAGAGCACCUUCCUUCAGUGGAAAUGACAUAUUAGACAAUCUUCCACAGAUGCAGAGCAGACUUGCUGAAAUGCUCAGUGGAAUUCCAGUUAGCUUUCAAAUGCCAAGUUUCUCAUUCGACGAGGACAAUUAUCUGCAAGUAGAGUUGCAAAUUUGCCCUUUAAAUUUUACAGACUUCACUAGGAAUCAAACAUUGCGCUGGUUUGAUUUCACUAGCCAGAGUAUGAACCUCCCGGAAAUCUACGGGCCUUGUUAUCUCAACCCUCAGCCUUAUGCUUAUGAACACAAGGUGAAUCGACGCUGGAUCAUCGGCGUUGCAGUUGGUGCUGCUGCUGCUCUUCUCAUAAUCUCAGGGUUGUCAACUUAUGCAUUGUGGCAGAAGAAGCGAGCACGAAAAGCCAUCACCCUGGCCAAUCCUUUCGCCUCGUGGGGAUCAAACGGUGAAGAAGACGGAGACGCGCCGCAGAUAAAACUAGCGAGAUACUUUUCCUUGGACGAUCUGAGGAAAAUCACCAAUGGUUUCUCGGAAGAUAAUGAAAUUGGGGCAGGGGGCUACGGACAGGUCUACAAAGGAAUGCUUCCAGAAGGACUCCUCGUUGCCAUCAAGAGAUCACGUAAAGGCUCCAUGCAAGGCGGGCUCGAGUUCAAGACAGAGAUCGAGAUGCUCUCCAGAGUGCACCAUAAGAACCUGGUGGAGCUCGUGGGCUUUUGCUUCGAGAAGGGCGAACGGACGCUGGUAUACGAGUACAUAUCUAAUGGAACUCUAACCGAGAACUUGUCAGGGAAGAGAGGACUGCAACUGGACUGGAAGAAGAGACUGAGCAUAGCUUUAGAUUCAGCUAAAGGACUCGCUUAUCUCCACGAGCUCGCUAAACCUACGAUAAUUCACAGAGACGUGAAGUCGAGCAACAUCCUCUUAGACGAAAAUUUGACCGCCAAAGUGGCAGAUUUCGGCCUCUCGACGUUAGUGCUGGACGCUGAACGUGAUCAUGCUUCCACCGGCGUGAAGGGAACGCUGGGUUAUCUUGAUCCUGAGUACUUCAUGACCCAGCAACUGACUGCGAAGAGUGACGUUUAUAGUUUUGGAGUAGUGUUGCUCGAGCUCAUGACCGGCAAGCUGCCGAUAGUGGAAGGUAAGUAUGUUGUUCGUGAAGUCCGAAUGGCUCUGGAUGUUCAGGAAGAGGAAUUCUAUGGCCUGAGGGACACGAUCGAUCCGGCAUUGCUUCAGAAUAGUAGUUAUCUAGUCGGAUUCAAGAGGUUUGUAGGAGUCGCUUUGCGGUGCGUCGAAGAAUCAUCGGUGAGUCGGCCGACGAUGAACGAUGUCGCGAAGGAGAUCGAGAGUAUACUGAAGGAGUAUGAACCAAAGGAGAACCCAGCUCCAGCUCUAUCUGGUGCCUAUUUUGGCAUUGCGAGGGACGGUCCUAAUCCGAUUACUUCUGCGGAAUUUGCCUUCGGCAGUGGAGUGACUAGUGGCACUGGCUACGACGGCGACGAUUACUUGCUAUCGGCUCGAUAGCCAGCGAUCCAGGGCUGUUGCUUGUGCCACCACAACAGUAGUGCUGUAAUGGUGCACUUGUCAUUUAUUACUUUGCUUGAUGCCAUUUGCUAAGCUCUUGUAAGUAGUUAAAUAUCGACUUAAAGCUUGCUUUAGCGUUUGACAGAUGUGUCUUGUUCAUAAUUAUGGGUGUAUAGAUUUUUUUUAA